AUGGUUGUCGCGGUCAAGGGACGCCUGCAGCAGGAUGGGUAUGGGCAGCAGCUACUUGUUUCUUCUUUCCACUGCGGCUUGCCGCUGCCCCCGCCAGCUCGGCCUUUAUCUUUGCCAUUAUCAGCAAAGCUGCUGCUGCUCACGAAGCCAAAUGCACUUAAAGUUGGCAGUCCCGCGUCGCCCGCUGACACCCAGCAGCAGCAGCAGCAGCAGCAGCAGCAGCAGCAGGUGCUGGAUGUGCCCAGCAGCUACAGAGACCAGAACGUCCACGUGUUAAUUUCGAGCGGCGCUUUUGUGGUUCCCUGUCCCAACGGAGGCUGGCGGCUGAAGCGAGACGCCCUUAGCUGCUUCUUGGAAGUGGUGAAGGAGAAGCUGCCGCACUUGGUGGUUAUAUUUGGGCCCAUAGUUUCAUCUUUGAACCUGCAGCAGCCUCAGCCUGCCCGUGCUGCUGCAGCUGCUGCUGGGUCUGCUGCUGCUGCUGCUGCUGCUGCUGUGUCCGCGGCUGUCGCGGACUCCCGCUGCGCCUCGCUGCUGCAAGUGCCCGAACUUACUCUGGCCUACGAAGAGUUCUUCCAAAGCAUUUCUGCUGCUGCUUUGGGUCUCUCAUCUCAUUUUAUUUUAGUUCCGAGCACGAGAGACGCGCUGCACCCGGAGCCGCUGCCGCAGCCCCCAUACUUGCUGCCCUGGCAGCAGCAGAACCCGCAGCAGCAGCAGCAGCAGCAGCAGCACCAGACUUGCCCCCAUAAUGUCCACCUAGUUGAAAACCCUUGUGCGCUGCAAGUCAACGACGUGCAGCUGCUCUUCACCACAGCAGACCCUCUGGCAGAGAUGGCGGGCGAGGUGCUGACAAUGCCCAGCGCGCUGCAGCAGCAGCCAGCAGCAGCUGCUGCAUCGGCUGCAGCAGCUGCUGCAGCUGCUGCAACUGCUGCAGAUAAGGCCCCGCAUCCCGCGUAUGGACGCGCUGAACAACUCUGCCAAGGACUGCUGCGGCAGGCAACUCUCUUCCCUCGAGGCAGCAGCCCCCGAGUGCCCAUUGAUGCCUCGCGGCUGCUGCCAGUAAUGUUCGAAGCAGCAACUGCUCCGGACAUCUUUUGCUUCCCCUCGCCCACUUUGCUGCAGCUAGCGAGGCCGAAGGGGGGCCAAGAGGCUGCGGGGGCUGCGGGGGGUGCAGCAGCUUGUGUGGCGGACGGGCGGGUCUUUAUUUCCCACGUCGCUGGCGGCGCUGCUGCUGCAGCAGCAGCAGCAGCAGACAGUGUUCGGCUCACAAAUGUCUUUAUUAGACCUCCAGUGGUCAAGGGGGAAGCAGCGGAAAGCAGCAGAGAAGAGCUGAGCCUCAGCGAGCGGGUUACAGUUACCCACGCUGUAUAUACACCCCGCGGGCCCCACGUAGCAGCUCUUGGCCUUUCUUAA